AUAGCACACUCGCCGCCAGACAGCGGUCGACCGUUUAUUCAAGAUAUACAUUUGGAUUUGUUUUAGGAGUUCUUUUUAACUUGCUAAAGCGCUGCUAAAACAACGUAGGCUAUUGUCUAAUCUCGAUUUUGUCAAAUGUGGGCGUGGGAAGUUUUUGUGCUUUUUCUUGAAUAUCUACUUACGGCUCACUUUGGUUUGAAUUAGACUAGAAUAAUCACAAAGAGGGCAUAGGUAUGACUGUCUGUGUGCAUAACUGUGCGUAAAAACGGUGUGGACCAGCUGGUUGAGAAAGGGAAGCGAGGUUUAAUGGUGUGUGAGUGAAAGGUUAAGGGCGGAGGGAGAAGGUGAUAGGAAAGCGGGCUACGCGCUCAAGCGGGAGUGCGCGCGGAAAGCAAAUCGGUCGGAGCUUGGAGCAGCGAGGAUGGAGAUCCGACCAGAUAGGUUUAAGAUCGUCGCGGGCAAGACCCUUGGAAAAUUACAUAAAAUCCUAGAGAAGCGGCAGGAAAAUGGGGAGACCAUCGAGCUCACCGAUGAGGGCCAGGCAGUUAUCGUGGAGGAGAAGGAGAUGCCCGUGGUGGACUGCACCUGUUUCGGCCUGCCCCGACGCUACAUCAUCGCCAUUCUCUCCGGCCUGGGCUUCUGCAUCUCCUUCGGUAUCCGAUGCAACUUGGGCGUGGCCAUCGUCAGCAUGGUCAACAACCAAACUAUCUACAAGGGCGACAAGCCAAUCCUCGUGAAAGCUCAGUUCAACUGGGAACCAGAAACGGUCGGAAUGAUCCAUGGGUCAUUUUUCUGGGGAUACAUAGUAACCCAAAUACCCGGGGGAUUCAUCUGUCAAAAAUUUGCAGCCAACAGAGUCUUUGGCUUUGCCAUAGUGGCCACCUCAUGCCUGAAUAUGUUGAUCCCAUCGGCAGCACGAACUCACAUUGGCUGCGUUAUCCUUGUCAGGAUAUGUCAAGGACUCGUGGAGGGUGUUUCAUACCCAGCAUGCCACGGCAUCUGGGCAAAAUGGGCCCCACCUCUUGAAAGAAGUCGAUUGGCCACGACAGCCUUUUGUGGGUCCUAUGCAGGAGCUGUGAUAGCCAUGCCACUGGCUGGAGUGCUAGUCCAGUACUCAGGGUGGUCAUCUGUCUUCUAUGUCUACGGCAGCUUUGGGAUCUUCUGGUAUCUCUUCUGGAUCCUGGUGUCAUACGAGAGUCCGGCAGCCCACCCUACCAUCACAGAAGAGGAGCAGAAAUACAUUGAGGAGGCUAUCGGAAUGUCAGCCGCUAAUGCCACACCUGUUACGAAAUGGAACACACCUUGGAGAGCCUUUUUCACUUCGAUGCCAGUCUACGCUAUCAUCGUCGCCAAUUUCUGUAGAAGCUGGACCUUCUACUUGCUCCUCAUCAGCCAACCUGCAUACUUUGAGGAAGUGUUUGGGUUUGAGAUCAGCAAGGUGGGCUUGGUGUCGGCCCUCCCCCAUCUAGUGAUGACCAUCAUCGUACCGAUUGGGGGCCAGCUGGCUGACUACCUACGCACAAACAAAAUCAUGAGCACCACCAAUGUCAGGAAGAUGAUGAACUGUGGAGGUUUCGGAAUGGAAGCCACCCUAUUGCUAGUGGUCGGGUUUUCUCAUACGAAAGCUGUGGCAAUCACCUUUUUGGUUUUGGCUGUAGGCUUCAGUGGUUUCGCUAUUUCAGGCUUUAAUGUGAACCACCUGGACAUUGCUCCCCGCUAUGCCAGUAUCCUCAUGGGCAUAUCCAACGGUGUGGGCACUCUGUCUGGCAUGGUGUGCCCGCUCAUUGUUGGCGCCAUGACCAAACAUAAGACGCGGGAAGAGUGGCAGUAUGUGUUUCUCAUUGCUGCACUCGUUCAUUACGGAGGUGUUAUAUUCUAUGGACUUUUUGCCUCCGGAGAAAAGCAGUGGUGGGCAGAGCCCGAGCAACUUAGCGAUGACAAAUGUGGAAUUCUGGAUGAGGAUGAGCUGGCCAACGAGACGGAGGAGUUGUACCGUACCAGCGGAGGAGGCGGCUACGGAGCAACGAGCCAAGCCCCGGAUCCCAAUGGAGGAGGAGGGGGUGCAGGAACCUGGGUUUCGGACUGGGACAAGACUGAAGAGCUAGUACAACCACCAGGAACCAAUAGUUACCUAUAUGGAGGAGAGGAAGACAGGGAACUAACAUAGAGGGAGUUACAGGUAUGAGUUACAGGGUGGGGUAGCAGACAGAAAGAGUACAUAAAAGAGUGAAACGUUUCCUUGUGGCACAGGAACUUGGAAAGGGGUGGGGUAGGUGGACGGGAUGAGGGCAAGGAGCAGAACAAGGAGGAGGAAGAAAAAGCCAGCAUGACCAAAGUAUUAUUUAUGGAGAACUGAAAAUGAUUGUACAAAGGUGGAAAGAGGAGGAGCCAUAGCUGUACCAAGCGUGUGUAUGUGAGUGUGUUUUUACAUUUGUGUACCGUGUAUGAGACAGUCUCACUAAGAGUAUUUUAGGGAACCAAAGCUUCUUUGUCCAUACUGGUACACCUCUUAUUGAAGAGGGAUAUUUUUAGGCCUAGUUUGGUUGCUUUCAUUAACAGUGUGUGUAUUAUAACCCACCAUAUGGGUUGUCAGUUUGGUUAUAUUCCAUUAUGUGUAUGAGCCUGAUUUUUGUUACCAUGUUUGUCACAAGACUACCUGUAGAUCUACAACUGAAUGCCAUAUACUAUAUUACAAUCUGGCGGCUAACAUCCAUGAAAGCUAAAUUAUAUCAGAGCAAAAUGCGAAUUAAAUCCAUGAUAAUGUUCACACUUUUAAGAAAAAGCAUCUUAAUUGUGCCAUUAAGUGGUAUUUGUUUGCUUAAUCUGGAGAGAUGCAGUCUCAAAAUUCAAAAGUUAUUGACUUACAAACUGGUAGUCACAAUGCUGUGUCUUUAGUCUGUUCAGAUUCCUUCCACAGUAUCAGUUCAAUGAGUACAAUUUUCAAUUCUAUCAUGUCAACGAAUUGUAUAUAUUAGGCCUCUAACCUGUCUGCCUGGUUGAAAAUGAUUGUCUAUUGAGAUGUUGUCUUGUAAAGAAUUACAAGGGAUGUGGUUUUAGAAAAAUAGUCAGAAGGAUGAAAAAAAUUAUUGCACCAAAGACCAACUCAGAAUUAUCACACAAUCCAUGUUCUGCAAAAUACAGUGAAAUACGUUUAUUUACAGGUAAUACUGGUAUUUGACAGGUAAUACUGGUAUUUGACAGGUAAAACUGGUAUUUGACAGGUAUACUGGUAUAUAUUUCACAUACAUUUGUUCGACUCUUCUGUUUUACUUUAUAUAAGGCUGUAUGUAUGAAGGUGUUUUGGGAAAGGAAAAUGUAGAAUCGCAUAAAACGUAAUAGUAUUGUUCUGUAACAAGUCUGGAUUCCGUAUAUACUAUAUUCUCCACCUCCAAUAGUCUCGUAGUUAUGUUAUUGUAGCUUUGUAUCGAUUUCCACUGUUUGUCUUGCCGGUCACGCUUGAUGUAUUGUGAUGUCAGUGCGCUCUCGCCGAAGAACCAGUUUGCUGGCACCAAGGAGCCAAAAACGAAACACACGCCAGCCUGUGCCCGCCGUCACAGUGACUAAGCAAUAACACACUGAGGGAGAGAGACUGUGGUGUCAUGAUCCCAAAGACCACCCACCAUGACCCUAUCAAUCACUCAUCCAAACCAAUCAAAUAGUGACAGCUUUGAAGGGCAACAUGGUGCAUGAAGCUAUAUACCAGUCAAUGGUUGACAGUACAUGUCAAACAUGAUAUUGAUGUAGCCCCUGCCUCCCUCCACUGCCCUGGUGUCCAUACAGAGCAGAGAAGGGGAACCGGAGAUCUCUCUCUCCUAUGGAGGAAUAUCUCUCUCAGCAACCCCUCCCUUUACUUAUAUAGUCUGCACUGAAGUGUAACUCUGGAUAUACUUAGAAACAUCGGUAAGCUAUAUUUUUAAGCACUUAGUCAAAAAGCAAUAACUAAUGAAUUAUGUAUGUCACUGAAAAUGUUGCAUUUCUGUACAUACAUAACUUUACUGGUAAGCCUUUUGAGUUGUUUAGUUAGCCUCAGAGCUAACUGAGGCUAAGAUAAAGCCCAUGUUUUCAUUGGUAAAGCAGUGGUGUAUCACUUUCAGACUUGGCUCAAAUACAUACCGUAUGUCAAAAACAUGAAAGUAUUUUGAUGUACACUUGAUUUAGCUUGAAGUUUGCACUUGGGACUGUUUCAUUGGCUCUUCUGUACCAGGCAAACUAAAUCAAGUGCAGCUUAAGUAUUUAACAGUAUUUUACUUACAUAUUUGACCCAGGUCCAAUCACUUUGACUGAAGAGUUUGUUUCAGUCAUUGGCGAUAAACAAUAUUAGUAUUUCACAGUCCAGGAAAGGAUGAAUAUUUACUGUUAGGGUUUUUACUGUUGUGUGUUUUUGUUUAUUUUUUAUAGACUGUCAGUUGCUUUAAUUGUUUAACUGUUUUGUUCUUUACUGUAAAAUGUAAAAUUGGAUAUGUAAAAAAACAUGUACAUGUGGGAAAAAUAUUGUAUAAUAAAAGCUAGAUGACAAUGUUA